AUGAAGAUCACACUCUAUGUCGACGUCGUUUCUCCUUUCGCUUAUAUAGCCUACCACAUCCUCAGGAACGACCCCGUGUUCAAGGGCUACAAAGACAAAUGGAUCAACAACGAGCGCCUCCGAUGGGCAAAGUAUUUCAACGUCCCAGUCGUGACUGACGUCCCCGAAGGCUUCCCUGCGAACACGUUGCAGCUGAUGCGGACCGUCUGCGCGCUCGGCCACCUCGCCAGCCCUGACCAGCCUCAGCCAUCAGUCGCCUCGCAGCCUGCCCAGGAAGCCACAAUCAGGGGCCUCGACGCCUUAUUCGAAGCCUACUGGGUUAAGAGCCGUGAUGUCACCGACAAGAAUGUCGUUGCCGACGUGCUCACGCGCGCCGGGUGGAAGGACCUCGCCUCGGUGUCUGAGGUCGCAGGCGGCGACGCCAAGAGGACUCUCAUGGAAAACACGGACCGCGCGUUUGCGGACGGGGCGUUCGGGCUGCCGUGGUUCGUCUGUGAGAAUGAUCGCGGUGAGAGCGAGGGCUUUUGGGGCGUGGAUCACCUGGGUGCUAUGUUGGGCUUCUUGGGGCUGGAGAGGCCGGCUGGCCGAGGAGGAUGGAAGGCACUGCUCUAG